AUGUCGGAUUUUAUCGAUCAACAAGCCGAAGAAUCCGAACUGUCUGGAGAUGAAUCCGACCCCGUUUCUGAAGUCGAGGAACCAAAAAGCAAAAAGCGGAAGCUUGGCAAAAAAGGCAAAGCAAAGAAGAAUCGCGUCCGGAUAAGCAGUGACGAGGAAGACGAAGAUGAGGAUGACGCCGAAGAAGAAGCAAGAGCAGCCGAAGAAUUCAAAGGCUUCAUCAUCAAUGAAGGAAGUGAUGAGGAAGAAGAGGGAGAAGAGGAGGAUCGCAGCGAGAAGUCCAAAUCAGGAAGCGAGGAGGAACUUGAUGACGAUGAUUUGGCUUUGCUCGACGAAAAUCUUGGUCCAAGGAAGAAACGCGUCGUGCGACCAGAGGACUCGGACGAAGAUGAAGACGAUCGUACUAGAAUUCAAAGGAAGCUGUUUUCACAUGAAGAUGAUGAUGCCGCUUCACUCCCAGAAGCACGUGGCCCUUCAGCUCGGGGUGAAUAUGAUGAUGAUCGUCGCGAUUAUUCUGGAAGUGAAGAGGAAUACGACAACUUCAUUGUGCAAGAUGGUAGAACAUCACGAAGGAAAGUGCGCCGAAAUUUGGGAAUAGAUACAGCUGCUUGUGAUGAAGCUCGUGAUGUAUUCGGCGUUGACGACUUCAAUAUUGACGAAUUUUACAACGAUGACGGAGAGGUCGAAGAUGUUCUUGACGAAGAAGAGGAAAUUCUUGAUGAAGAGGAUCGAGAAGAUUCUAUCAUUCGCAGUCGUGCUUUGCGGAAAAAGUUGAAGAAAGAGGAAAAUAUGAUGGAGACCUUUGAACCUUCGGAGCUUGAUAGAUGCUUCCUCUCAGCAAAUGACAAGAAAAUCGUUCUAGAAGAUCGACCUGAACGCUUUAACACUCGUCGCACUCCUGUUACGGAAGCUGAUGAUAUAGAAUUGGAGGCAGAGGCACGAUGGAUCUACACUCACGCUUUUGACCCAUAUGAGAGCGCCUACAAACCAGUAUCUUCUCAGGAUGCAAUUGAAAUUUCGGGAAUCAAAGAUCUUCGCGAGAAUGAGGACCUUGAUCCAAUGCAAAAGGAACAAGAUAUCAGGGCACUUGGACAGCGCGCAAAGGCUGCCGUUCUUGAAGUUUUGAAGAUGAUUCGAUUGAACUCUUUUGAGGUUCCUUUUAUCGUUUUCUACAGGAAAGAAUGCUUGGAAAAAUGCCUCACUUUGGAUGAAGUAUGGCGCGUAUACAAUUGGGAUGAGAAGUGGUGCAAUUUGAAACAGAGAAAGCAAAAACUAUCGGACUUGAUGCGUCGUAUCCAGAAAUAUCAAACCGAGUCGGAAUUGGUUACAAAAAGGCCUUUGACUGAUUCGGACUUUUUUGAUGUCGACGGAGUUGAAACUCUCGAGCAGUUGAAUGAUAUCUCUGCUCAAUUUCACAUGUAUCAUGGAAAUGAGCUGAAUAAGCUGGCUGAUUGGGAACGUCUGCGUCAACUUGAACUACAACAACAAGAACAGAAGCAACAAGAGACGUUUGUGUCAAAGUUCAAAAAGAGCUCUCGAACCGAUCAGUACACGAUCUGCUUGGAAAAUGGAAUCGGUGAAGUGGCGUCUAAAUUUGGUCUAACUCCUCGUCAAUUUGCGGAAAACCUUGAAUUUGGCAGUAGUCGACAUGAAUGUACUCAAGUUAAUUCUCUGCCAACGACUGUUGCUGCCGACUACAUAACUUCAGUCUUUUCAUCGCCCGACAAAGUGAUCAGUGGAGCAAUCUACAUGCUGGCCCGCGAGUUUUCUAGACAACCAAAGGUACGAGAGGUUCUCAGAACAAAGUAUCGUCGUUUUGCAACAAUGUCUUGUCGUCCAACAAAAUUGGGCAGACAGAAAAUUGACGAAGCGCACCCGCUUUACAAAUCGAGAUAUUUGGUGAAUAAACCUGUUUCAACGAUUUCCGGCGAUCAAUUUCUCAGCUUCGAUAUUGGUGUUCGUCAAGAGUUGAUUAGCAUUGAAUUUUCGAGCGAGGCAAACUUGUUGGAAGACAUUCUUCGAGAGCAUCCAUUCCAAGUUGACCUUUACGACUCAGUCACGGAAGAAUGGAACUUAUUGCGCAAAGAGGUCGUUCGAAAAGCCGUCAGCGAAUUCUUGGUGCCAGAGAUCAACAAAGAAUUACACGAGCUCCUCAAAGAAGAAGCCAAAGCGAGCGUUUUGCAGAGUAUUCGAAAUUUCAUCUAUGAACGAAUUCUCGUUGGUCCAUAUCAAAAGAAUCAAGGAGCCGCGGAUCACGAUAAAGCUGACGACGAAGACGAGGACGAUGAUGAAGAGAAUCGCUUAAGAGUAUGCUCUUUAUGCUACGUAGCCGAUCGAUUUGAAGUUUCAUUUGGCGCUAUUGUAAAUCAGGAUGGCGCCGUUCUUGACUACGUACGCUUGCCUCAUUUCACCAAACCCAGUGGGCCGGCAGAUGGGAAGAAUGACAAAGGAUCGGAAACAGCUCGUUUAAAGAAAGAUACAAUGGAUCGUCUUGGAGCUUUCAUCGCCAAACGCCGUCCACACGUCAUUGUGAUUUGUGGUGAAGAUAUGGAUGCAAAAAGAUUUCAAAAUGAAACAAGCCGGUUGGUCAGCGAACUAUUAAACACGGGAAAGAUAUCUUCUGCUCCCGAGGUGAUGAUUGUUGAAAACGAAUUGGCAAAAGUAUACUCUCAAUCGAAGAUGGCUGCGAGUGAAUUCCCUGAAUACCCGAUUCUACUGCGUCAGUGUGUUUCUCUUGCUCGCUACGUGGCUGAUCCAUUGGUAGAAGUGGCACAUUUAUGGAAUGAAGACGAAGAUCUAUUCUGUCUUCAAAUGCACUCAUUGCAAGGAGAACUCGACAAAGAAGAAAUCAAGAAUGCGGUCGCAUUGGAAUUUAUCAAUCGUGUCAACGAAGUUGGAGUUGAUCCAAACAGAUGUCUCUCAUUUCCACAUCAUCAAAAUUUGAUUCAAUUUAUCUGUGGAUUGGGCCCUCGAAAGGCGUAUCAACUGAUUAAAGUACUUAGAUGGAACAACAGCAUACUUGAGGCUCGGUCGAAGCUAGUCAUCAUUUGUCAAAUGGGUCCCAAAGUCUUCAUGAAUUGUGCUGGAUUCAUGAAGAUUAACACAUCAAAAGUAUCUGAACAUACCGACAAAUACGUGGAAAUUCUUGACGGAUCGCGAAUUCAUCCAGAGACUUACGAAUGGGCUCGUAAGAUGGCGGUAGAUGCGCUUGAAUUCGAUGACAGUGGCGACCCGACAGCGGCGCUAGAAGAAAUCCUAGUGACUCCCGAAAAACUCAGAGAUUUGGACCUAGAUGCAUUUGCCGAAGAGUUACAUCGGCAAGGAUUUGGAAAUAAAAGCGAAACAUUGUACGAUAUUCGAAGAGAACUGAGCAAACGAUACGAGGAUUGGCGCCCACCAUUUGGACCACCCUCUGACAUGCAACUCUUCAAAAUGCUUACAAAGGAGUCCAAGAACACUCUAUAUAUUGGCAAACUCGUCGAGGCAAAAGUCAUUCGCUUGUCAUUCAAGCCUGUCCACCAAGAACAACAGUCUCAGAGGGAGCCGAUCCGUUUGGAAGAUUCGAAUCAAUGGGUGUGUCCGUGGUGUUGCUCGAUUAUCUUUGACAGCAUUGCCGAACUGUAUGAACAUUUGGAUGAUGGCCUUUGCCCUGGUGAAACUACUGGAAUCAAGGUGAAACUCGACAACGGUCUUAUUGGCUUUAUUUCAAACAAGAAUAUUGCAACAGAUUCGAAGUCUUUCAAGAAUCCACUUGAACGUGUUGCGAUUGGACGAACGAUCGCGUGCCGUAUCCUCCAAGUAGAACCUCUCAGGUUCUCAUGUACCCUAACUUGCCGUUCUAUCGAUUUGCGAUCUGAGGAACUUAUUCAAUUUGAUGAGUACUUCGACUUUGGAUUGAAAACUUCUGAUGAAAAAGAUGACGAAAAGGGAAAAGAUCGUCAGGCUCAACAACCACAAUUUGUGCGUCGAAUCUGCUCACAUCCGGCCUUCAGGAAUGUAUCAUAUCGCGAAGCUGAACAUGAACUAGCUGCUGCUGAACAGGGUGAAGCAAUCAUCAGGCCCUCGACAAGAUCUCCGUUCAAUCUGACUCUCACAUGGAAGGUUGGCGAAAACGUAUAUGCUCAUGUGGACAUCUUGGAAAAAGACAAAACACGGCCAAAUGAAAUUGGAAAAACUUUGCAAAUCGGGGCCGAAACAUUUGAGGAUCUCGAUGAAAUCUUGGCGCGUUAUGUUCAACCAAUGGUUCUUUAUGCAAAUGAAAUCUGCAGUCACAAAUACUUUAUUCCUCAAGUGGUGCAUGAGGAUCGAUCUCUUGUUGAUGCUAAACUUUAUGAAGAAAAGCGUCUCCAGCCAAAUAGAAUCCCCUAUGUUUUAACUACAUCCGGUGACAUCCCAGGGAAAUUCUUGCUGUCAUAUCUCAUUUCGGCAAAACCAAAGCACGAAUACAUGACGGUCACUCAUGAGGGCAUCAGAUUCCGAAGUCAGUUCUUCAUGUCGAUGGAGAGUCUACUUGCCUGGUUCAAGAAGCAUUUCAGAGACCCUCCACCAUCAAAGCUUCCCACGCAGCAAUAUCAAUACAGA